AUGGCUGAUUUGAGAAUGAUGAGAUAUCGGUGCGGUCCCUCCCUUCAAUUCAAGAGUAUAACGACGACGAUGGCCGAUUCCAGUGGUCAACAGGGCUUAUCCGGCGAUGACUUACGGCGAGCCUACUCGGACAUCACGCGGCUGUGGCUGUUCUCUAUUGUGCCGCUGGUCGUUACGGUUGUAACGUUCAUCGCCCUGCUCGCAUCAAACUCUGUGGAUACGAGCAGCCAGCACAUUCUAGUGCUAUACGAAGCAACGCGUCUCUUGGUACCGCUUCAGAUAGCUGCUCUCGUCGCGCCAUGGAACAUUGGCCACAUCAUGAAGCUCUGCUCUUAUUGGGUUGGCUACCGCGCGAGCCUGUCCCGCUAUCGGUACCAUGGAGUGUCUAUGGUUUCAGAUGAGCAAGGCACCAUUACUUCGCACCUUUUCUUCGCUAGCCCCAUGACUGCGUUGAUGGCUCUUUGGCACGCCUGCAAGCCAACUCAGUCUUCUAUAAAAGGUUUAGAGCUAUUGCGACACUUUCCAGGUGGACCAAGAAGUGAGCUUGGGGAAUAUCUCACCCUGACGACUUCGGUUCUCUCACUUGUUGCAUUUUCCCACCUGUUGUUUGCUGGGCUUGUUACUCUUUUAGCUGCCCUCGCCUCUAUGGAGACGCACGACAUAAUCACUCCUGCUCAAGUUCCCAUGCAGCACUUUGGAAGAGUCCUACCAGACAGUUGCAUGAAUACGAAACGCGUGUCAGAAGGCACGGUCUACUCCUGUGGAGUAGAACCUAUUACUGGUGGAUUCGUUCUCACCAACUCGACCGAGAGUAUUCGGACUGUCAACAAUGCGUCCAGCUUGAAUCAAGUUCUUUACGACGGUCAGAACCAAAUCGCAUUACUAGCGCCCAAGGAUAUCAGCGGAGCACUCGACUACUCAGCCAAGACACUUGGUGUCAGCACUCAAUGCAGGUCAAAAGGGAAAGAGUGUAGGCUACGGCUCAGCAGUAAUAGUGACACCGGGGUCGUGCAUUCCUGCCCUCCUGACGAGAGUGCCGGCGAUGGCUCUCUUUCUGUCACUGAAUCGUGGGCUGGGAACGUUACUUUGGGACCUGGUAGAACCCCCAACCCUUUCAACUACUGGAUCUGGAGUGUCGUCGACGAGACCGAGACCCACCUGUCGAGCGAUUCGGAGGUGGUGAAGAUGGUUGGCGGCGCCAUCUCGAUCCUUCUUGACUGCAGCAUCAACGUCUACAACGUCACAUAUUCUGUCAAAAACGGAACUAUCGUCCCCGAGACGCUCAUCGCAACCAUGGCUGGCGACGCUCCCUCGUAUGUCGUGGCUGACCCCCUCGCCCUCAACUUUGCCCAGAACCAACUUUACGAGAGUCUUCGUCUAGCCGCCGUCACCUCUCUCAAUGCGUCAGAACUAGCUUCUAAAAUGUCUGUGUCUGUCAGUCAAAUGGCCGUGGCUUUUAUUGCCGGCAUAUUCGAGCCUCUGCUGAAUGAGGAGGAGAGCACUCGCCGAGCCGUACAGGUCGCCCGCCUUCCUUUAGCUCUGGUUUGCAUAGCUAUCGCCCUCGGAAUCAUUCUUGCCUUACAGGCAACCUGUUUCUUUCUUAUAGCGAUGGGACUAGUGCGGAAGGAUCCAAACACAGUGGUUGAACGGGAUAGGUUCACACUUGAGGCACGUGUAUCAGGUGGGGUGCGGGAGAUGUAA